AUGGAACAACAACCUAACAAUCCAACAACAGUCAGCAUGGCACAUUCAGUACCUAUUCGCCCAAUGCCCGAGUUUAAUCCCGACGCUGAACUUGGCGCGAGCGUCGCUACACGUUGGAAAAACUGGGUCGCAGACUUUGACAUGUUUCUCCUGGCUAGUGGCGUUACAGAUCCUAAACGACAACGAGCUUUGUUGCUAUACCAAGCUGGCGCAAGAGUGCGCGAAAUCUUUAAACAACUGCCUGACACUGGCGAAGACAAAGACUAUGAUAUUGCCAAAGCGAAAUUACUUGCCCAUUUCGAACCGCAGAAAAACAGACGCUACGAGGUGUAUCGAUUUCGAAAGGCUGUGCAAGAACCAAGGGAAACUCUCGAUCAGUUCCACAACCGGCUUCGAACUUUAGCCCAAACUUGCGAGUUCGCAUCGCCAGAUUUCGAACUCGAAGAACAAAUAAUUAUUGGAGGGGCCUCUUCGAAAAUCCGCAAACGUGCGUUGCGUGAUCCAAGUUUUAAUCUAGCUGCCAUGCUCUUAGAAGGCCGCCGAGACGAACAGAGCACUUUCCAAGCUAAAGACAUCGAAUCGACAUCGCCCGACAGCGCAACGAGCACCUUUGACGAAAUUGACGCUCUCUACAGACCGACGGGAUGUCGCAAUUGUGGUGGAUCUUUUCCUCACAAAGGUCUUUGCCCCGCGAAAGGCAAACAGUGUCGAAAGUGUGGCAAACUUAACCAUUUUCAAAGCGUUUGUCGAAGCAGACCUAUUACACAACCAAGUGGCAGUAUCGCACAGCAAGACUCCACUCAGAAUUACCAUAGCAACGCCACACGAAACCUGAUACGACCCCUCGAGCAUUACAACACCGGUGAUUCAGAUGACGAUUAUAUCUACGGAAUUCACAGCCUCGAUAAAAGCCCUCGAGUUAACGUCACAGUGGGUGGCCAUUCGUUUAGCACAAUAGUUGACACAGGCGCAACUAUAAAUGUGAUCGAUGAACGCACAUAUAAGACUUUGCGCGGUAUCUCUCUACAAAAGACAACAACGAAAGCAUUUGCGUACAACUCUACAACCCCGGUACCGUUCCUUGGGAAGUUUACAGCAACUGUCGAAACGCGCCGAAAAAUUACCGCGGCGACCUUUUAUGUCGCACAGGGUUCAACAAGCGGAAAACCUCUUAUCCUUGUCAACAGCCCAAGAACUGGAUCUCGUCAGUCUUCACCUCAACAACAUUUCCAAACCUUUGCCGCAAAAUCCUAAUAAAGAUCCCAAACUCAAUGACAUUCUCGAGAGAAAUGCCAAAGUUUUCGACGGAUUGGGAAAACUGAAAGGUCAGACCGUCCACCUAAACAUUGAUCCCAAUGCUAAUCCUAAAGCUCAACCACAGCGCCGCAUCCCUUACCACAUCCGAAACAAAGUUAAAGAUGCAAUCAUAACCCUUGAAAAAGACGACAUAAUCGAACGAGUGCCUGAAGAUGAACCAACCCCCUGGGUCUCUCCUAUUGUCGCCGUGCCAAAAAAAGACGGCGGAGUGCGUAUUUGUGUUGACAUGCGACAAGCGCAUGAGGCGAUCAAAAGGGUCCGACACCCGAUACCUACGGUUGAUGACGUAAGAUUUGAACUGAACGGCGCGAAAUAUUUCUCGAAAUUGGACUUAUCCCAGGCGUACCACCAACUCGAACUCGAUCCGAAAAGCCGACAUAUCACCACAUUUAGUACACACAUCGGGCUAUAUCGCUAUAAACGUUUAAAUUAUGGGACAAACGCUGCCGCCGAGAUUUUCCAAACACGCUUCAGACACAAUUACAAGGACUCAUCGGAGUCAAGAACAUAGCCGAUGAUAUUAUCGGUUAUGGAAGUACUCGCAAGGAACACGAUGAAAAUCUAGACAAGUGCCUACAACGUCUAACAACCCGCGGAUUGACCCUCAACGCCAGUAAAUGUAAAUUAUUGAAUCCCACAUUGGAAUUUUUCGGUCAAAUCUUCUCUGCCGAUGGCACGCGACCAGACCCUCAACGAGUCGUCGACCUCCAGAAUGUGGCCACACCCACCACUGUCCAAGAAGUCCGAAGCCUUCUUGGUAUGGCGAACUACAGCAGUCAAUACAUCCCCAACUUUGCAACAAUCACUGCCCCCCUCCGUCUCUUAACGAAAAACGACACACCAUUUGUGUGGACCACGGCACAUAAAAACGCGUUCGACAACCUGAAAGCCGCUCUAACGUCAGCUCCAUGCAUGGCGUAUUUCGACAUCCAUAAAGAAACAUUUGUUGUCGUCGACGCAAGCCCUGUCGGGGUAUCGGCUAUCCUCUCACAAAAAUCGUCAAAUGUCGCAAAUUCCAAAGUCAUUGCUUACGCCAGUCGUGCCUUAUCGCCCGUCGAAACACGUUAUUCCCAAACCGAACGAGAAGCCCUCGCUAUCGUCUGGGCUGUCGAACAUUUCCACAUGUUCCUGUUUGGACAUCAUUUUACGUUGGUAACCGACCACAAACCCCUUGAAAUCAUUUACGGCACCACCAGGUCGAAACCGUCUGCACGUAUAGAACGUUGGGUUCUGCGAUUACAACCGUACCACUUUAACGUCAUCUACAAACCUGGUGCCACCAACCCCGCUGAUUAUUUAUCACGUCAUCCUGCAUCACCACGCAUGUCACACCCGGAUCGCAUGGCUGAAGAAUAUGUCAACUUCAUUGAACGACACUGCCCCCCGCGCCAUGCCACUCGACGAAAUUGCCACAGCUACACGUGCAGAUAAGACUCUGUCCACGCUCGUGACUUGUUUACGUACAAACAAGUGGUCCACCGACAUUCUGACGUCAUUCAAACACAUCAAAGACGAAUUGACAGUCACUAACAACGGCAUUAUCCUGCGUGGACAUCGAAUUGUCAUCCCCCAAGCUUUACAACAACGCGCGAUCGACAUCGCCCACGAGACGCACCUUGGUCUAACCAAAACUAAAGCAUUAAUUCGCGAAAAAAUCUGGUUCCCGAAUAUCGACGCCAUGGUUAAAACAACUCUUGAUCGCUGUUUAACUUGCCAAGCCCUUGGCCGACCCGGCCCACCAGCACCAAUCACCCCCACCACCAUGCCUGAUGGACCUUGGCAAACUGUUCAUGUCGACUUCUAUGGUCCUCUACCCACUGGAGAAUACCUUCUUGUCGUUGUAGAUAGAUAUUCUCGGUUUCCCGAGGUCGAAAUUGUCCACUCCACGAGAGCCUCUACUGUGAUACCAAAACUCGACAAGAUCUUUGCCGUUCAUGGCAUUCCUACCCUUCUCAAAAGCGACAAUGGUCCCCCUUUCAAUGGCAAAGAAUACCAACGCUAUCUCACUGCCCUUGGAAUAAAGGCAAUCUUCUCUACUCCCAAAUGGCCCCAAGGCAACGCUGAGGUAGAACGCUUCAUGCAACCCUUGGGCAAAUCCCUGAAAGCUGCUAAACUUGACGGUCGUCCAUGGAAACAAGAGCUAAGUCGUUUCCUGUUGCACUAUCGCACCACACCGCAUUGUACCACUGGUGUUCCACCCUCUGAACUGUUAUUUAAUCGCCAAGUUCAAGGAAAACUCCCUAUUUUACAAAAACGCAAUCUCGUUAACCGUCACAACGAGGCUCGGGAAAAGGAAGGUGAAAGACAACAAUAUAACAAACGUUACGCUGAUGAAAAGAGAAACGUUAGAGAAAGCCCAAUAAAAGUUGGCGACUACGUUUUGUGGAAGCAAGAGAGACGGAACAAACUCACCCCUAAUUUCAAUGAAACACCCCACAUUGUCAUCUCGCGAAACAACAACACGGUGACAGCACGUAGUCAGACAGGACACACUAUAACUCGCAAUGUAUCACACUUCAAGCCAAUACUGAAGCCAAAGAUUGAUGUUCAAGUCGACGACGACGAUGACAGUGAAACGUAUGACGCGGAAAGGACCGAACGAGACAGAGUUGACACUAGUAACCCUGAGCCAAGACGAUCGACAAGGAAUGUCAGGCAACCAGAACGAUAUGGCGAGGGAAUUCCCUCGUCGGUAAUUAGAUAA